UGCUAGAACAGUUGUUGGACGAGACUAUAAGCAUUUUUCCUUGCGAAGCGCAAAGCCGGGACUAUUAUUUUAUUCCUCGGGGAAAAAACAUAGUAACCCCAGUGGAAAAUUAUAUUUUAACUAUAAGAACAGACGUCGCAAAGUUUUAUCUGGCAAAGAUGAUGAAUAUAUUCCACACGAUUUUGAAGACGACGACAAGGGACUAUCAUUGACAUUAAAAUUGCAUUUAAAGAGAGACUCAUCGGAUUGGAGCGAAGUCUGUAGACUCUGGGAAAAAACAUGUAAAAUUCGCCAAGAAGAUGUAAAGUCGCUGAGCAAUUUAGAAUUCAUGCCAGACUGGCCAAAAUUAGGUCAUUCUAAAGUUUCUUCUUUGAUCGAGACUGACUUUGAUUUCCUUUACCGAGGAAAGAUAAAUUUCCUGUUCGAUAGCUGGAACAGCUUUAAGGACAAAAUUUUGAUAUAUUUCAAACGGCACAUCCACAACGAAGACCGGAAACGACAACUACUUGAUGUAGAACGCGCCAACGUUGAUGCCCAGGAUUACUUGACCCUUAUUUUGCUAAAUGCCGUCUUGCCGCCGACAUCUCGGAUCUUGAAUCAAAACGGGAAAGGAACUAAAAACCGACAAUGGCGGAUGCUCAACUUUCGAUGGUACUACGGCUUUCAAGCUUGAAUGACUAUGAACGUCGUAUCAACAAUAAAGUCAGGGAAAAGUAUUUAGAGGGAUCAACAAUACAGCCAUUUAUAAUUAUUCACGCAUCGUCUGAGCGACAGCAAUUGAAAAGUAUGGGUCUUUAAGAUAUUUGUGGUGCAUGAGGUUUGAGGCGAAACACAAGAAUUCCAAGAUUUAUUUUCACAAUGUAAAUUCAAGAAUUAAUCCUCCCCAUACCUUAGCCAUUAAAUGUCAAAUUAAGUUUGCAAAAUUUCUGACGGACCAUGCCAAAUCUAUUGAGCCGUAUUUAAGACUUACAUCAAGAGAGCAAAGUAUUUUGAAUAAUAAUAAUGCAUUAGAAAUAAAUAAA